AAUCCCUCUUUAAGAGAAGAAGAGGUAAUGUAGUUGUUUCACUUUGUGUGCAGAGGCAGCCGCAACAGCGUUGCCGAGGAGCCUGUAGAGUAAGAAGAAGAAGCAGAGGCAGCGAGCUUUGGGAUAUUUCAGCCACUUGGGUCACAUGGUUCGCAAGAACAUGGAGUUUCUGAAGAGAGGAUUUGAUAAUGGUGUUGUGUGGGCCAAUGAGGCCUUAUGCUUUCCCCUGGUUGCCAAGAAAAUCAAUGACUUUUUUUGGCUUCAUGAUCUCGAAGACCCUCUUGCUCCUCCCUUUUCUGCAUCUUCCUGGCCACACCCUUGGUACCCAGAGCUUCAAAGCUUCAGAGGGCAUCCAAUUUCCGUCACUUUCCGCGUCGAGCGCCUCGAAGGCAAUUUGCCCCUUCCUAAAUCCUCUGAUUCAGACCUCUGUACGUUUAGCAGAAAAUAAUGCCCCCACGGAGGAUAGAACUAGUGAG